CUGGCAACGACGACGGUAUGGCGCCUCUCAUCAACUCGUUGGUGCAACCAUAUAGCCCGUCAGAGUACAUUCAGACUGCCCUGACAGGCAAUCGCGUCAGUCGCAAGGCCGUCAUUCUGGGCUCGCAAAAUAUCAUCCUUGGAGGAAAAUGCAUCAUUCACCACGGCGUCAUCAUCCGUGGUGACCUUAAACGGAUCAUGCCGCCAACAAAGGACGGUGAGCAGCAGAAGCAACAACAACAGCAGCAGCAGGGUAAUGCUGUUGUGGUGGCCAUUGGCCGCUAUUGCACAUUAGGAGAGGGGUGCGUGAUCCGGCCGUCGUACAAGACCUACAGGGGCAUCUUUUCGUAUUAUCCCUUCAAAAUGGGAGACCAUGUCCACAUCGGUGCGGGAACGGUUGUACAGGCAGCCGUCAUCGGCAAUCACGUCGACAUCGGAAAAGGUUGCGUCAUCGGCCGCUUUGCGAUUAUAAAAGACAGUGUCAGAGUUCUUGACGACUCUGUUGUCGCACCCAACACCAUCAUGCCAAGCGGCACCGUCUGGGGCGGGUCGCCAGCCAAAUGUCUCGACGAGCUGCCGGAAGCCUUCGUCGAGCAGCACGAAAUUCGAACAAAAGACUAUUACGCACGCUUCAAGCCGGCCCCUCAAUGAAGGAGCUGAUACUGCAUCUGUACCAUAGCUUAAUCCAUCACAUCAAUACCCA